CUGUCGCCAUUUCAUUUACUUCUUUCAGUCCCCCUCCUCAAAGGGCCGUUGACUUCUUUGUUCUUUGCUAAUAUCACACAGAUUAGCGAGCAAUUCUUCCUCUCGUAGGAAUACAAAAGUGAGAUGGCUGAUGUUUUGCUUAAUAUUGUUAUAGAGGGAGUUCGGAGUAAGUUAAUUUCACUUGUGGCUGAAGAGAUCGACAUAGUGUGGGGUGUCAAGGAAGAUCUUGAAAGUUUAGCUCGAGAUCUGGAGAUGAUUCAAGCUUUGCUUCUUGAUGCUGAAUGCAAAAAUAACAGAAGCAACGCCGUUGAUCUUUGGCUUAGAAGGCUCCAGGAUGUGUCGUCCGAGGCUGAGUACUUGCUGGACGAGUUUGCAUAUGAAGUUCUUCGCAAAAAGUUGAAGAAGCGCAUGCAAGACCAGGUUCGUAGCUUCUUUUCUGGUUCAUAUCCGCUCGCAUUCCGUUUCAAAUUUGCUCACAAGAUUAAGAACAUGAACUUGAGUAUAAAGAAAGUUUAUCAGGAAGCGGAAAGGAUUGGACUUAGGCCUGUUGAGUUAGUUAACAUGUCUAACGAUCCCAGAAGUGAUCGAUCUAGUACUAUUGAUCCUUUUGUUGAUGAUUCCAGUAUUGUGGGAAGGAGUGAGGAAUUGAACAAGGUUGUAAACUUGUUAACUUCUUCAGAGAAGGAUGGUAAUAACUUAUCAGUUAUUGGUGUAGUUGGGAUGGCUGGUUUGGGCAAGACAACGAUUGCUCAGCUAGUCUACAAAAAUGAAAAGGUGCUGAGGCAUUUUGAUCAUAAAUUGUGGAUCCACGUGUCAGAAGAUUUCAAUGUUGAAAGACUCUUAAAUAAGAUGGUAGAGUCUCUUACAGGAACCAACCCUAAUCUGACAGUUGCAGAGGCAAUUGUAGGAAAGCUUAACGAGGUACUUAAAACCAAAAGAUUCUUGCUUGUACUGGAUGAUGUUUGGAAUGAAGAUGCAGAGAAAUGGGAUAGAAUGAGGAAGUGUCUGCGAGGGAUAGGUGGAUCGGACGAAAGUAGGAUAAUCAUGACAACUCGAAACGAGGCAGUUGUUUCAAUCAUGCAAGCAUCUUUUCCUUGUCAAUUGGGAACACUUUCUGAUGGUGAUAGCUGGGAAUUGUUUGAGAAAAUAGCAUUUGGUCACGGUUGUGCAGCAAUAAAGACUCCUGAAUUGAUAAAUAUAGGAAGAAAAAUUGUUGCUAAGUGCGGUGGUGUGCCAUUGGCAGUAAAGGCAAUAGGAGGUUUGUUGUACUCCAAAAAGGAUGAACGUGAGUGGUCAAAAAUAGAACAUAGUGAAACCUGGACUGCAAUGGAAGAAGCUGGAAGUAGAGUCAGAUCCGCUAUAAAGUUAAGCUACGAUCAUUUGCCUUCAUUGUCGUUGAAACAAUGUCUUUUAUGUUGUAUUAUAAUGGGAAACGGUGGCUUUAUAUCAGUGGAAAUCAUGAUACAACUUUGGAUGGCACAGGGAUUGCUUAAUCCUUCCAAGGGAAGUCACCUGGAAAUGGAGGAUGUUGGAAGUAACUACAUGAGUAUUUUGUUCCGGACUUCUUUGUUGCAAGUUUACGAGAAGGAUGGGUUUGGAAGAACUAUAAAAUUCACUAUUCACGAUCUUGUGUAUGACUUUGUUCAAGAAGUAGCCAAAGAGUCCAUUUUCUUGUUUCCCUCGGCUGAACUUAUAACCGGUAGGGAAAGUCUUUUAAAGCUGCGAACUUUGAUUUUGAACCUUGCACAUGGUUUGCCGAUCGUUUGUAAAAGCCUUCGAGUCUUAUUUCUUGUUGAUGAAGAAGUUAAGGAAUUGCCAGCCACGAUUGGAAAGUUAAAGCUUUUAAGAUAUCUUGACAUCUCCAGGACUUCAAUAACAGAACUCCCAAAUCCCAUCACACAGUUGUACAAUUUGCAAACAAUGAGGCUUAGUAAUCUGCAACAGCUUCCCAAAAAUUUUGGAAAUUUGGUUAACCUGAGGCAUUUGUGCAUUGAAAAAGAUGGAAUCAUCAAUGGCAAGCCAUGUUUGCUUCCUGAUAUAGGACAGCUGAGCUCUCUUCAGACGUUGCCUUUCUUCUAUGUAAGUCAAGAUAAGGGAUGUCAAAUUGAUCAGUUGGGGCAUUUGCACAAUCUCAGGGGCGACCUCAAGAUCUUUGAUCUCCAGAAUGUUAGCAACCAAGAGGAAGCAAUCAAAGCAAAAAUAUCCACAAAGAUAAACCUUGAUAGUUUGGAACUUCACUGGGAUACUAGGACCAGAGACGAAUCCACUGAUGAGGAUGUCUUGAAAGGUCUUGAACCUCACCCAAAUUUGAAAGGUUUCACAAUGGAAAACUUUAUGGGCCGAAGCCUUCCAUCGUGGAUGCUGACCACAAGCCAUCCUUUGGUGUUUCGCAAUCUUGUGAAGAUCGUGCUGAGGAACUUCAACAAGUGUCAGCAAAUUCCACGACUUGGGCACCUCCCUCACCUCAAUAUUGUCAACAUAAUUGGAAUGAAAAGUGUAAAUUGCAUCGGCACUGAUUUCUUCGGUUGGAAAAAUGUUGAUGAUGCAAGUAGUAGCAAUCCAAGUGGCCUAGCAGGGGAUGCUGUGGUUUCAUUUCCGGCACUAAAAGAACUAAUUCUGGAGGAUAUGCCUGAUUUGAUAGAGUGGUCAGGUUUAAUGUGCCACGAUUCAUCACAUUCAUUGGUCAAGAUAUUCCCUUCUUUGGAGAUUUUAAAAGUCGAGCUCUGUCCCAAAUUGGUAAGCCUGCCAGAUGGUGUUUGGCACAACCUUAGAUGCAUUAAAGAACUAUGUAUUUCGGGAUGCAUUAGUUUAAGUCAUCUACCAAAGGAUGUGGGAGGAUUGGCAUCUCUUGAGAUUCUAAGAGUAAUGGAUUGCCCCAAUCUUGUUUCCAUCCCGGAUAUUCAUUCCCUACGAUCUCUAGUUGAGCUGAGCCUUGCGGGAUGCAACAACUUGCGCUCACUACCAAGUGGAAUGGAAGUCUGUACAUCAAUCAGGUUUUUUGUAUUAUUGGGGUGCCCUGCUAUUCAACCAGAGGAUUUGCAUCCUCUGUCGAGGAAGAUUCAACUAGAAGGAUUGGUGCUAGGUGAUUUCUCUCAUGAUCUUGAUUAUUUCCCCUGGCCCAGCUAUACCAUUAAUCCUUGCAGAGUUACUAUUACCGAUAAUGAGAACAAAGAAUUCCAACAUCCUUUUGCCUCGUUGCUGUCUCUUAUAUUAAGUGGUUGGCAAGCAGUCACAUCUUUGCCGGAGCAGAUUCAGCAUCUCUCCAACUUGGCCUUUUUAACGAUACAUAAUUUUGACGGGAUUGUGGCUCUGCCAGAGUUCUUGGGUAGCAUCCAUUCACUCGAAGGACUGGACAUUGAAGACUGCAAAAAUCUGUUGCAUUUGCCUUCUGCUGAGGCAAUGCGUCACCUAAGGAAAUUGACAAUUAAAGAAUGUCCACUUCUCAAGGACAGAUGCAAGGAAGAGAUCGGCCAAGAAUGGUACAAGAUUGCUCAUAUUCCAGAAAUUCAGCUGCUGCCAUGAACAUGUGCAAUGCAUCGCCUCAUCUUACUUUGCUUAAUACAGCAACUACAUGCACCACCAGCAAGGGCAGAAAGCACAUCUCCAAGACGAUAAGAUUGUUGUAUUUUGUCUUUUGGACCUCUCUUGAUGCCGGUCAGUUGGAUGCCUGGUGCAAGUGUUGCUGCUCCUAUCUGCCUCGGUUCUCUUCUUGGGAUUCUUUGCUUUUCGUUUCUUACUUCUUUAAUUGUACUUUCUCAUUUCCUUUUCCUUAUUUUGUAUCCUAUAUUACUGCUUCUUGAAUUUGUAUCCUACAUUGGUGCUUCUUGAAUGUUACAUAUUAUAUCUUGGUCAUGUUUCCCUUU